GAUAAAGCGGUUUGGUCGUCUCCCGGGUGCCGGGCCAUCGAGGGCUGGGCUUUGGGGCUGAGCUGAGCCAGUGAACAACAGCCGUCCUUCCGCUCCUGUGUGUCCGUACAGCUAGCAGACGGCUAGCUGCUAACUCCUAGCGAGGCGCAAAAAAUGGCGAACGUGGCGCUGGAGUUUAAGGCGUCUGCGGGUGACUCAGAGCCACAGAGUCGCCCCGUCCUCAUUAUCGGGCAGCACAACAACCUCCAGCAAGUUAGCUGGAGCCAAAUUAAAGGAAAACUGCAACCAGUCGUUAGCAAAGAGAUCUGGCAGGCAGCUCUUGGUGCUUUGAACCCAAACCCCACGGACAGCUGUCCUCUGUACCUGAACCAUGCUGCAGUUGCCGCUCUUCCUUCGCGGGUCAGCAGACACAACAGCCCAUCUUCUGCCCACUUUGUGUCCCGUCUGGUCCGCUCCUGUCUCCCGGGUGGAAAUAACCGCUGCAUUGUGAUGGUGUGCGAGCGUUCGGAUGUGUUUGCAUCCUCCUGUGCCAUCGCCAGGGCCUUCCCCAUCUUCUCUCGCCGCUCCACAUCCUCACGCCGAGCUGAGAAGAAGCAUGUGACUGUGGAGUUUCUGAUCGUUGGUCAAGACAGCAAUCCUCUGAAUGAUGCAGAAGUUGAGUGUCUUUCCAACGCUGCUGAUGGAGUGCGGCUGGCAGCUCGCAUUGUGGACACGCCAUGCAACGAGAUGAACACUGACCACUUCCUUGAUGAAAUCAAGGCUGUGGGAACUGAACUUGGAAUCACUCCAGUCAUCAUUCGUGGAGAGGAUCUGAAGCAUAGAGGGUUUGGAGGUAUUUAUGGUGUUGGAAAGGCAGCAGAGCAUCCUCCUGCAUUAGCAGUCCUGAGCCACACACCUGAUGGUGCGACCCAAACCAUCGCAUGGGUGGGAAAGGGCAUCGUAUACGACACUGGUGGACUCAGCAUCAAGGGGAAGACCACAAUGCCAGGGAUGAAGAGAGACUGUGGUGGAGCAGCUGCCAUUCUAGGAGCCUUUAAAGCCACAAUCAAACAGGGCUUUAAGGACAACCUCCAUGCCGUGUUUUGUCUGGCAGAGAAUGCAGUUGGGCCCACAGCCACGCGACCAGAUGAUAUCCACACUAUGUACUCUGGAAAGACGGUGGAAAUCAACAACACUGAUGCAGAGGGCAGACUGGUACUGGCUGAUGGGGUGGUGUACGCCAGCAAAGACCUGUCUGCUGAUAUUAUCCUAGAUAUGGCCACACUUACAGGGGCACAGGGAAUUUCCACAGGAAAGCACCAUGCGGCUGUGAUGACCAACAGUGAGCAGUGGGAGGUAGCGUGUGUUCGCGCAGGCCGCAGCAGUGGAGAUCUGGCUCAUCCUCUGGUCUACUGCCCCGAACUGCACUUCAGUGAGUUCACCUCUGCCAUGGCAGACAUGAAGAACUCUGUGGCUGACCGGGAGAACGCCCAGAGCUCCUGUGCCGGCCUCUUUAUUGGUUCCCACUUGGGCUUUGACUGGCCUGGUGUCUGGGUCCAUGUUGACAUUGCCUCUCCUGUUCAUGCUGGAGAGCGUGCUACAGGAUUUGGUGUAGCUCUGCUUAUGGCCCUGUUUGGUCAGGCAUCAGAUGACUCCAUGCUGAACCAAGUGUCACCCUUAGGUGCCCCCACUACUGUGUCCCAAGACCACAUGGAGCGCGACUGCAAAAGACGAAGACUGGUGUAGAACACAGUGGAUCUCUCCUUGACUCCUCUGCUGCCUCCACUCACCCAGACCGUUAAAGCAAAUGCUCGUACAGUCAAGAGUUAACGUUUGAAACUGAUUCACUGUUCUGUGUUAAAUUUGAUAUAAAUGAAUAAACAUACGUGGUAUGAAUGAUUAUGAUCAAGCACAGGUCCUCACAUGUCCUCCUUACUUGGUACUGAACCCCUCCACAGCUUCUCUAUUAUUCAGCUGCUUUCAACGAAGAUGCAUAUUAUGUACAAUCUGAGAAAAGUAUGUGGUUUAUCUUGAAGACCGAUUCAUUUCAGCAAUGAUUUAUCUAAUGUUUUGUAAAAUUAUUUUACAGUCUAUUUUUACCUUCAUAAUUUUUGCUUAAAUAUCCACCUCAUCAGCAGGAAUUGUUGUUGUUGUAAGGCGUUUUAUGCAAAUCAAGAGUUAUGCUACAUGUAUGAGAAAUUGUGGAAAAAAAUACUGGAUCAAGAUGAGUAAAGCCAGGUUUGUACUUGGAAACCUCUGUACUUUGUAAUCAUCCUGUGUAAAGAUGGACUGUGUAAUCUCUGGACCAAACAAAGUGCUUAGUGUGUUUUUAAACCCUUCCACAGAAAGAUGAGGACAUGCUUUGUCAGUAUACGAUAUGUUAACGGUAAAGUUAAGUAUUAGUCAGGUUUCAGCACAAACAAGAUGUUUCAUCACCCUUGUGACAAUCACGUUGUCCUUCAAUAAAGGCGGUGCCAUCUAUA